UACUGUUGUUGAAUCAGAGCAACACGAGAUGGAAAUGUAAAACAACAAAAAUAAAGAAGAAGAUAAAGAGAUAUCGAGAUAUUAAAGACGGAAAGAGGUUCUUUUAAGGGUUUGGAAUCUGUAAAAAAAAAUUAUAAAAAAUGGCGACGCCAUUAACAGGUGUUCAACAUAGAGAUGGAGGAGGAGGAAUUACUUUAAUAGCUACUACUACUGCUACUGUAAAUCCUCCUGGGGAUCCUCCUCCUUCUCCUUCUUCGAAAUCAUCAUGUAUGAAGAAUAAUAACAAUCAUGCGGCCUUUAAAUCGCCAAUUCAUAUAUUUUUGUUCUUUCAUAAAGCUAUUAGGUCUGAGCUUGAAGGUUUACAUCGUGAUGCUUUAGCGUUUGCAACUAAUCAGAAUGGAGAUAUCCAACCAUUAUUACAACGUUAUCACUUUCUUCGUGCAAUUUAUAAGCACCACUGCAAUGCUGAAGAUGAGGUCAUCUUUCCAGCUCUUGACAUACGUGUAAAGAAUGUGGCACGGACAUAUUCCCUUGAGCACAAGGGAGAAAGUGAUCUUUUUGAUCAGUUGUUCGAGUUGUUAAAUUCUGGUAUGCAAAAUGACGAAAGCUUUCGAAGAGAGUUAGCUUCUCGUACUGGAGCUCUUCAAACAUCAGUUAGCCAACACAUGUUCAAGGAAGAGGAGCAGGUCUUUCCCUUGUUAGAGGAUAAAUAUACAUUUGAAGAGCAGGCAUCACUAGUCUGGCAAUUUUUAUGCAGCAUUCCUGUGAAUAUGAUGGCAGAGUUCCUGCCAUGGCUUUCAUCUUCUAUUACAUUUGAUGAAAAUAAGGACAUGCUGAAAUGUCUGUGCAAGAUAGUCCCAGAUGAGAAGCUUCUUCAACAGGUUAUAUUCACCUGGAUGGAUGGAAAAGAUAUUCCAAGUGAGUGCAAAAUUUGUGAAUAUGAUCCCCAGUUUCGAUGUUGUAAAGAUUAUGGGUCAGGUAAAUUAGUUAAGCAAGCUGAGGAAGGGCAGUGUGCAUGUGGGUCUUCCAAAGUUGGGAAACGGAAAUAUUCAGAGUCUACUUGUGCUGUCACUGAUUUGGUUGGUGUGCAUCCGAUUGACGAAAUAUUACUUUGGCAUAAUGCUAUAAAGAGAGAGUUGAAGGAUAUAGCUGAGGAGGCUAGGGCGAUACAACUUGCUGGUGAUUUUUCAAAUUUGUCAGCAUUCAAUGAGAGGCUGCAAUUCAUUGCCGAAGUCUGUAUCUUCCAUAGUAUUGCCGAGGACAAGGUUAUAUUUCCUGCAGUAGAUCAGGAGCUCUCCUUUGCUCAGGAGCAUGCCGAGGAAGAAAGUCAAUUUGAAAAUUUUAGGUGCUUGAUAGAGAGUAUACAAAAUGCAGGAGCAAGUUCAACUUCAGCUGAAUUUUAUACCAGGCUAUGCUCACAUGCUGAUCAAAUAAUGGACACUAUACAAAAGCACUUCCAUAAUGAGGAAGAACAGGUUCUUCCUCUUGCACGGGAGCAUUUUAGCGCUGCCAAACAGCGCGAGCUUUUGUAUCAAAGUUUAUGCAUGAUGCCUCUAAAAUUGGUGGAGCGUGUUCUUCCCUGGUUUGUGGGAACACUUGGUGAAGAGGAAGCUGGGUCAUUUCUGCAAAACAUGCACUUGGCAGCUCCAGCAACAGACAGUGCGUUAGUUACACUUUUCUCUGGUUGGGCAUGCAAGGGUCGUUCUUCAAAUGGAUGUUUACCUUCAAAUGUCAUCGGUUGCUGUCCAGUGAAAAGGUUGACCGACAUUGAAGAGGGGUGUAGUCGACCACGCCAUGCAUGUGCAUCUAUCUUGUCUGCUGAGGAGAAAUUAUCGGCUCAAUUAAACAAAGAAGAAAGACUUCUGAAGCGUGGAAACUUCUCGGGAUCAUGUGAAACCAAAAACAGUUUUGAUCGUUCAGAAACCGUCAAUCUUGGGAAUCAAGGUUGCUGUGUGCCUGCUUUGGGGGUAAAUAGCAGGACUAUUGGAAUAGGUUCACUUACUUCUGCAAAGUCGAUGCGAUCCUCAACUCUCAGCCCUGCCCCUUCAAUAAAUUCUAGUCUUUUUACAUGGGAAACUGAUAAUAACUCCUCAGUUGUUGGGUCUUCUCCUAGACCAAUUGACACCAUAUUCAAAUUUCAUAAAGCCAUCCGCAAAGAUUUGGAGUAUUUGGAUGUCGAGUCUGGAAAACUUAAUGGUUGUGAUGAGAGAUUCCUCCGAUUGUUCAUCGGCAGAUUUCGUCUAUUGUGGGGCUUGUACAGAGCUCACAGUAAUGCUGAGGAUGAGAUAGUUUUCCCAGCCUUAGAAUCCAAAGAGGCUCUUCAUAACGUAAGCCACUCGUACACUCUGGAUCACAAGCAGGAGGAGACACUUUUUGAGGACAUUUCAUCUGUUCUUUCGGAGCUUUUACAAAUUCAUGGAAGCUUGAGAAUCCAUAAGACUGAAGAUUUGCAUGAAAAUUCUGAUUGUGAUGGUAAUAUCUGUGUACAAAAGUACAACGAGCUUGCCACAAAGCUUCAAGGAAUGUGCAAGUCUGUAAGAGUCACACUGGACCAGCAUGUUUUCAGGGAAGAACUUGAGCUGUGGCCCCUGUUUGAUAGACAUUUUUCUGUGGAGGAGCAAGACAAAAUUGUUGGACGUAUAAUUGGCACCACAGGUGCAGAGGUGCUCCAGUCAAUGCUUCCAUGGGUAACUUCUGUGCUUACUCAGGAUGAGCAGACUAAAAUGAUGGACACGUGGAAGCAUGCAACUAAGAACACAAUGUUCAGCGAGUGGCUUAGUGAAUGGUGGAAAGGAACCACUCCAGAAACCUCACAUACUGCAGUCUCAGACAAUUGUACUUCUGUUGGAGGCUCGGAUGUCCAUGAAAGCCUAGAUCAGUGUGACAAGAUGUUCAAGCCUGGAUGGAAAGAUAUAUUUCAGAUUAAUCGAAAUGAGCUUGAGUCGGAGAUAAGAAGAGUUUCAACGGAGUCAUCACUUGAUCCAAGGAGAGAAGAUUAUUUAUUUUAUAAUCUUAUGACUAGUGGUUGGAUUGCUGAACAACAGAUGUUACCACAAACAAGAAUAGGGGAAACUAUGAACGGGGAAGAUGUGCCCGGAUGCUCUCCAUCGUAUAGAGAUACUGAGAAGAAAAUAUUUGGUUGUGAGCACUACAAAAGAAACUGCAAACUCUUAGCUGCUUGCUGUAAGAAGUUGUUCGCUUGCAGGUUUUGCCAUGAUGAAGUCAGCGAUCAUUCAAUGGACAGGAAAAUGACAACAGAAAUGAUGUGCAUGCGCUGUUUAAAAAUUCAGGCUGUUGGACCAAUUUGUGCAACUCCAUCCUGCAAUGGGUUUUUAAUGUCCAAAUACUACUGUAAUAUCUGCAAGUUUUUUGAUGAUGAAAGGACAGUAUACCAUUGCCCUUUCUGCAAUUUGUGCCGCCUUGGUAGCGGACUGGGUAUUGAUUUUUUCCACUGCAUGAAAUGCAACUGCUGCCUUGGCAUGAAACUUGUUGAUCAUAAGUGCCGGGAGAAAGGUCUAGAGUCGAACUGUCCCAUCUGCUGUGACUUCCUGUUUACAUCAAGUGCGGCUGUCAGAGCACUCCCGUGUGGGCACUUUAUGCAUUCUGCUUGUUUUCAGGCAUACACUUGCAGCCAUUACACCUGUCCUAUAUGUAGCAAAUCGUUGGGCGAUAUGGCAGUCUACUUUGGGAUGCUUGACGCCUUAUUGGCUGCUGAAGGGCUUCCUGAAGAGUACAGAGAUCGUUGUCAGGAUAUUUUGUGCAAUGACUGCGAGAAAAAAGGAAAUUCGCGAUUCCACUGGAUGUAUCAUAAAUGCGGGUUUUGUGGUUCAUACAACACCAGAGUAAUCAAGGCGACCUCCACAAAUUCCAUCUGUGAAAUGACAAAUGAAUGAAGAAAGUAAUUCUUGUGGCAUGGAUCUUUGUAAAUACAACAGUCAACAGGAUCCAAUUUUAUACGAAUUCAUAACCACGCUUUUGAGUCCUAGUUGGUAUCUAUCGGAGUUUUUUGCAAAGCUACCAGGGACCAUUUCCCUACUGUUCUGCUGUAAGGGCCAAUAGUUCUUAUCCUCUGUAUAUUUAAGAUGUUCUUGCCAUAGCUGUAUUUUGAUUUAUACAUGAACCUAACGAUCAAGGAAGAUAAAAGUCGAUGCAAUGGUUACAACGGUCACCAUGUGCCUGUUCACACACUGCUGUUUUAGGUUGUAGAGGCUCGUAAGAGUCGAUUUCUUAUUGUUGUUUUUUAUCAUCUUUGAUAAUCUUUCGUGGAGCACAGCACAUGUAAUUAUCCUGAGGAUAUGGGGCAGGAACUAGGAAAAGCUUCAACAGUUUCUCUAUUGUACAUCUUCCUUUUGAUACUUCAUUCUGUAUACUCCAAGCAGGAACGCUAGGCACAUAUAUAUCUUACUUUUCUGUCUAUUUUUCGCUUCU